AUGAACGAAAAAUAUGAAAUUCAAUGCUCGGAAAAAUUCGGCAGGUAUCUGGUGGCAGCUAAAGACUUGAAAGCGGGUGAGACUAUACUUAGUGACACGCCGUUCGUAUUAGGACCUAACAGUGAUUCCUCGCUGAUAUGCUUCAACUGUUAUUUGCCGCUCCUAAGCAAAUUUUUUUUCUGCAAUCGCUGUGCGGUAGCCCCUAUAUGUCCGGGAGAUGGAUGUCCGCAGCAACUGUCCAAAUGGCAUACACAAUCAGAGUGCGACCAUUUUAGAACUCUUAAACUAAGUAAAGGCGUUAACCCUAUGAUAAUGGUGCAGAAUGUGGGAUCUUUACUUGUGAUUAGAGCCCUUCUCAUGAAAGAUAGAGACAAAACAGCCUGGAAAGCAUUUAUGCAGCUCGAAACGCAUUUGAAUGAAAGAAAGGACACAAGUAUUUGGGAACACUGUGAAAAUACAGACAAGUUCGUUACAUCUCUAGGUCUCCUAGAAGGCGCGGAGGACACAAAUAUAGUUCAGAAAAUUUGCGCUGCGAUUGAUGUGAACAGCUUCGAAGUUAGAGGGCCCGUAGUUCCUGCAAUUGGCUGUUCUGAGUUACUUAGAGGAGUUUACUUGAAGGCAGCUCUGAUGGCACACGAUUGUGUUGGUAACACGCAUAUGGCAAUAGAUGAUAAUAAUGUCUUAGUUUGUCACGCUAGCACUGAUAUUAAAAAAGGAGAGCCCAUAUUUAACCGAUAUACUGAUCCUCUGAAGGGGACGGCCGAACGGCAGCAACAUUUGCUAAUUGGAAAGUAUUUUAUAUGCACAUGCAAUAGAUGUCAAGAUGCGACGGAAAUGGGUACCCAUAUGAGUUCCGCUCUAUGCUCCGCAUGUAAGACGGGAUACGUAACCCGCGCCAAGGACGACGCAUGGACAUGCCAUAGCUGCGAUUCUAAAUAUCAAUAUUCUGACAUCGGGCAUAAGGUACAAUGUUGCUUGGAUAAAUUGGCCAUCAUAAAUAAGAAAGAUGAAAAGUCACUGGAAGAGUACAUUAGAAACGUUUCUCUAGUGCUAGCUCCGAAUCAUUAUCUAAUACUAGACGCCAAACAACGCUUGGCGGGAGUGUUGAGAGAUGCCAUAAAUCGAGAGCCUCGGCCUACGAAAAAAAUUAUGAGACGGAAGAUAGAGUUGUGCAAGGAAUUGUUGCCCGUGCUUGAGAAAAUAAGUCCGGGAAUUUGCAGGAUUAAAGCUAUUACUCUAUACGAGCUUCACGCUACAAUGGUGCAAUUGGCCAAAAAGUUAUUUGACGGGCGCGAAAUUAGCGGAUCUGCAUAUUUGAAUGAAUUACAAUAUGCAGAAAAACUUUUGAAGAGAUCUUUAGAAAUGCUUUUAAUUGAACCGGUUGCCAUCAUACCGCUCACACUCAGCGUUACUUUGGAUUUGUGGAGUCCGGCUAUGGCGGAUCAGUCGUCGCUAUUAGCCCUAGUAAUAUUAGCCGUAGGGGUUACGGUGCAUUUUUCAUUGCAUAAGGUAGAAGAAGGUCAUGUUGGUGUUUAUUAUAGGGGAGGUGCAUUACUACCAGCUACUAGUCAACCUGGUUUUCAUAUGAUGGUACCCCUGCUGACGUCAUAUAAAGCCAUCCAGACCACUCUUCAAACUGAUGAAGUAAAAAAUGUACCCUGUGGAACUAGUGGGGGUGUAAUGAUUUAUUUUGAGAGGAUAGAAGUAGUUAAUAAAUUGGAACCAAAUAGCGUAUUGGAUGUGGUUCGUAACUUUACUGCAGACUAUGAUAAAACUCUGAUAUUUAACAAAGUGCACCAUGAGUUAAAUCAGUUCUGCAGUGCUCAUUCUCUACAUGAAGUAUACAUAGAUUUGUUUGAUCAGAUAGACGAAAAUUUGAGAACGGCACUACAAAAAGAUCUUAAUGAAAUGGCACCAGGAUUGAGGGUACAGGCAGUGCGUGUCACUAAACCAAAGAUACCAGAAGCUAUAAGGAAAAAUUAUGAAUUGAUGGAGUCUGAAAAAUCUAAACUUCUUAUAGCGGCACAGCACCAAAAGGUGGUUGAAAAAGAAGCUGAAACAGCUCGUCGGAAAGCAGUUAUUGAAGCUGAAAAAGAGGCUCAAGUAGCAAAGAUUCAGUAUGAGCAAAAAAUUAUGGAGAAGGAAUCUUUACAGAAAAUUGAGUUGAUAGAGGACAGCAUCCACAAAGCGAAACAACAAACCAAAGCUGAAGCAGACUAUUAUCACUUGCAAAAGCAAGCAGAGGCAAAUAAAUUGCUACUCACAAAGGAGUAUUUGGAAUUGAAAAAGUAUGAGGCUCUUAGUUUGAACAAUAAAAUAUACUUCGGAAGUGACAUUCCCAACAUGUUCUUACAAGCUAAUAUUGGUGACAGUUUAUCGAAAAAUGUUCAGGUUGAA